ACUCUGCUUAUUUCAAACGUUGAUGGCCGCCGCCUUCACAUUGCUAAUGCUUUUGUAAUACGUUACAGCUAGCUUUAAACGGAGUAAAAAUGGGAUUUUGAGCAUUUAACGAUUGAGAAAGUCUUGUUUGGGGAGACAGUGCGGGAUGCUGCAUCGCAAUGGGAAAUAUUUUUGGCAAAAAGAAACGAAGUCGAGUCACAGAACAGGACAAAGCUGUUUUGCAACUGAAGCAGCAGAGAGAUAAACUGAAGCAGUAUCAGAAGAAGAUCACUCUACAGCUGGGGAAGGAGAGACAGUUGGCCAAGCAGCUGCUGCAUGAUGGCAAGAAGGAGAAAGCUCUCCUGUUGCUUAAGAAAAAACGCUACCAGGAACAACUUCUGGACAAGACGGAGAACCAGAUAAGCAACCUAGAGCGCAUGGUUCAAGACAUUGAGUUUGCACAGAUCGAGAUGAAGGUGAUUGAAGGACUGAAGGUUGGCAAUGACUGCUUAAAGAAAAUGCAUGAGGUGAUGUCCAUAGAAGACGUGGAGAGGAUCAUGGAUGAGACCCAGGAAUGCAUUGAGUACCAGAAGCAAAUUGAUGACAUUCUGGCAGGCUCUCUGACGCAAGAGGACGAGGAUGCUGUAUUAGCAGAGCUGGAGGCUAUCACUCAGGGAGAUGUUGAGCUUCCUGAGGUGCCUGAUGAGCAAUUACCAGAGAUUCCAGAUCAAGAGCCAGAGCGGAAGAAGGAAAUUGUGAAGAAGAAGCCGGAGAGAGAGCUGUUGGCUUUGUAGAGCCUCACCAAUGCACUUUUAUAUUGUUCCUGUAACUCCUGGGCGUAGAUGACAACUCUCUCCUCUCUAGAAAAGAAACUUUCUAGAAACAUUCAAGAGGACUCCCUUAAACAUGGGAGCUUUGUUUACGGCCCAUCAUAGUUCUCUCAGAUCUACAGUCCAUCUAAUGGGGCUUUUCUGCUGGACAGUGCCGUACAGUUUACACUUACUACACCUUAUCUUUUAUUUUCCCAUACAACGACAGCAGAGUUUGCAGGUCUGACUUUUUACUUGUUUUGUUUUCUAUGAAUUGACAAACAGCAUUGCACUUGGUGGAAAUUUUGAGAGACCCUAUUAUGCUCUGCUGUAUUGUCAAUUGAGUUUUAUUUUUUCCAAAUAGGAAUCUGUCUCAAGAGACAGUUCUAUGACUAUUAUGAUUGACCAAUCACUAGUUUUGCUUGGUAACUGAUUGUUUAACUGCAGUACAGGUCAAUUGAUAAAGUAAACAACACAAAACAGGAUCGCUGGCUUCUUGCCAUACUGCACUGUCCAAUGAAAAAGUGCUUGAUUCUUCCCUGUGUAUUUGUCAGUGCCUGGUCUAAUGAAGAAAAGGUUUGUUUUUUUAUUUGUUUUCCUACCAUUACUAUUUUUUUUUUAAACUAAAUACAUCAUCAUUAACUUGUGACUCUUCAGACCAGUGAUAUUUUUAAUCUUACCUUCCAGGUCUUUCAUGAUUUAACCAUAUAUAUAUAUGUAUGUGUGUAUGUGUGUGUGUGUAUGUAUGUAAGUAAACCUUCUGGCCAGGUAUAAGGGAUUUUGUCAUCGUCAUCCCAUCCCCCUCCCCACCCCGACUUGUAAUAAACUGCAUGUGAGGCUUAUACCAGUAUCUUGUCAGAAUUAUAGGCUAAUAAAUGCUGUGUAAAAGCUCCUUCACUUUAUUACCUCUCUACACGGGUGCUUACAACACUCCUGUCUGAUUUAGGAGGAUUACGUCUGUUGGAUUAGAAGGUUGUAUACCCCAUUUUAACGUUCUUCACAUUGCCAACGAAUGCAGUCAUACUUUAAUUUUUUUUAUCUCAGUGAUUUACUUGAGCCUUUUUUCCCCGACUCAAGGUUUAUUUUUUAAGAUGUGGAAACAUUUCUUAAACCCAAAGUUAGUUCUUCUCUAGAAUACACAAUACACAAGCCAAUAAAUAUACUUUUUUCUCUCUAUUAUGAUUUAUCACUAUCAUGUUGGACUGCACUCAGCUGCUCUGUACUCAUAGCUGUCCAGCACUUCUUCAUAGUCUUAAGUCUGAUUAUACAAAUUUAAUUUUGUUAUUUUGCAACAAUAAAAUUAUUUUGAAUCAUU